UGGAAGACAACUAACCACGUCAUAAUGACAUAGUCAGUAGUGAAUUAUGGCGGAUGUUCAGAAACGUCAACAUGUGCGAACUGAAGGAAAGAACUUGCAGAAAAGACUACGAGCUCCGAUUGACAGCAAAGUAUUGAUGAAGAGGAAUUCAGACGUGUUUCUGAAGCUUUUCGCGGCUGGAUUUUACGGACUGAGUUCGUUCCUUAUCGUUGUUGUGAACAAAAGCGUCCUUACCAAUUACAGAUUCCCCUCAUCCACAUGUCUGGGGAUUGGUCAAAUGCUUGCUACAAUCGUAGUACUAGGGGCUGCAAAAGCAAUAGGUGUCAUCACAUUUCCAGGUUGGGAUGGGAGUCUUCCAAACAAGAUUUUUCCCUUACCUCUCCUGUAUGUUGGCAAUCAAGUUUCAGGACUUCUAGGAACCAAAAGACUCAAUCUACCCAUGUUUACAGUCUUAAGACGAUUCUCUAUUUUGUUAACAAUGUUGGCUGAAGGAAUUGUUCUGAAGAAGUCAUUUUCUGGGCCUAUCAAGGCAACAGUGUUUGCAAUGAUCUUUGGAGCCUUUGUAGCUGCAAGCACUGAUUUGGCUUUUGAUCUUCAAGGCUAUGUGUUCAUAAUGAUCAACAAUGUCCUGACUGCAACCAACGGGGCUUAUGUGAAACAGAAACUUGAUUCUAAGGAUCUCGGGAAAUAUGGUCUUCUAUACUACAAUGCGUUAUUCAUGAUUGUCCCUUUGUUGGUUUACGCACACUUUUCUGGGGAUCUACAAGUGGCAUUGGAGUUUGAAGGCUGGUCAGACAUGCUCUUCCUCCUCCAGUUUGUGGUUUCCUGUGUUAUGGGCUUUGUGUUGAUGUUCUCCAUUGUGCUUUGUACUCAGUACAACUCUGCCCUGACUACCACCAUUGUGGGCUGCAUUAAAAAUAUUUUAGUCACCUAUCUUGGGAUGGUCUUUGGUGGAGACUAUAUUUUUACCUGGGCCAACUUCACUGGGUUAAACAUCAGCAUUGCAGGCAGUCUGGUGUACUCCUACAUAACAUUCACAGGUGAACUGUCACGUAAGAAAAGGAACAUUACUAGCCAAGAAAUACGCAUUGCAAGUCCCGCCCGUGCCAUUGUUUGUGAAAGGAGGGAUUCACGUUUUGUUUUUAAUUUCUAGCCGAUAGUAUUCAUUUUUCCUUCCAAAUGUACACUAGGCAGACAUAAUGAGAUUAAUCCUUUGUAUCUUGUCAUGUUUGGACAUUGCUUAACAUUGAAUUGUUUUCUUCAUUUCACAGAAAAGAUGUAAGCCUGGACACCAGUGGAAGGUUGGAGCUGGGCAUAUCCUCUUCUGUAAGACAACUUUUAUGGCAGUGGUUUUCAACUUCUACCUGGUAGCCAAUUUCACUUACCUGGUGUCCCAGGUCUGGAUCAGUUCAAUUAGAGGGCUAGAAUGAAACCGCAGCACUAUGCGUCGGGAGGCGUAAAUUUUUAGAACCACCUUUAUGGUAAAGUGUUUUUAUUGUUUUUAUCCAUUUACAUUGCACUUUUUGAAUUAGUUUAACUAAAUUCACAAGAUCAGAUCUGUUUAUUUAUAUAUUAAUCCUAUGGAUAAAAAAAAUUGUUUUAAGUCCACAAUCAGACUCUGAAAUCUGAGUUAUUUUAUGUCAAUUACAUGUAAUUUUCUGUUAUACUAAUGAAAAAUGUGAAAUAUCCACUGUUUUUACCUUAUCUAAUAAAUUAAUAUGCAAAGA